AUGGCUCCCUCCGCCCCCCUGGCCCUCCUCCUGGUCCUCUUGCUGAGCCUGGCAGAGACUCCAGCAUCCGCGCCUGCCCACCAGGGACGAGGAGGCUGGACCCUCAACAGUGCUGGCUACCUUCUGGGUCCCGUCCUCCACCUUCCCCAGACGGGUGACCAAGACCGGGAGAGGGAGGCCGCCCUGGAGAUCCUGGACCUAUGGAAGGCCAUCGACCGGCUUCCCUAUGCCCGCCCUCAGCAGGUCUCCAGCAGGAGUCGGAUGCAGACGUUCGCCCAGCCAGAGACUGGAGAUCUGGGCAUGCUCCGUGAGAACAUUCCCCAGGAGGAGGGUGCCUGA